CGGUUGGGGUCGUAUAAGAACCUAACAAAGUUCUUAUCGGCGGAGGCCAAAUAGGAGAUGGAUUCCGGGAGGCUCGCCGGCGGCGAGGGUUCUGGCGUGAGAACUGCGGCGACAGAGGCACUGGAGGCCAUUGUGAACGGGGUGUGGUCGGAGGAUAGAGAAACGAGGAUGGAUGCGGCGAGGGAGGUUCGCCGGCUUACCAAGACGUCGGCGAGGCACCGCCGCCAUCUCGCCGGCACGAUAGAGCCGUUGGUAGUGAUGCUGCGGGAUGAGAAUUUGGAGUGUGCGGAGGUCGCCAUCCUUGCUCUUCUCAAUCUCGCCGUGAAGGAUGAGAGGAACAAGAUCAAGAUUGUCGAUGCCGGAGCACUUGAACCCCUCAUUUGCUUCUUGCAAUCAACAAACUCAAAUUUACAAGAGUAUGCCACUGCUGUCAUCCUCACCCUCUCAGCCACUUCUAUCAACAAGCCUAUCAUUAGCUCCACCAGCGCCAUCCCUCUCCUCAUCAGAAUUCUAAAGAUCGGGAACCCGCAAGCGAAGAUUGACGCAAUCCUGGCUCUCUAUAACCUCUUGACAAUCACCUCCAACCUCGAAGCCAUCCUCAAAUCACAGACAAUUCCCCCAUUGAUUACAGUCCUCAAGAGCUGCAAUAAAUCUUCCAAAACUGCAGACAAGUGUUGCGCCAUCCUCGAAUCUCUCCUUGCCUACGAUGAAGCAAGAACAGCUCUAACAGCUGAGGAAGGAGGAGUGCUUACGCUCGUCGAAGUGCUCGAAGAUGGCUCUCUCCAUGGCCGAGAGCAUGCUGUUAGUGCCCUACUAGCCAUGUGUGAGAGUGAUAGAAAUAGAUACAGAGAGAUCAUUCUCAAAGAAGGCGUGAUUCCAGGCCUUCUCGAGCUCACGGUUCAUGGAACACCAAGAUCUCAAUCCAAAGCCAAACAACUACUGCAUUUGCUAAGAAAUUCUCCAUAUCAGAGAUCAGAACUGGAAACAGACACAUUGGAUAACAUAGUUUCCACCAUUGUUUCAAGAAUGGAAGGUGAAGAUUGUGCAGGGAAGGCAAAGAAGAUGCUUGCUGAAAUGGUGCAGGUGAGCAUGGAACAAAGCUUGAGGCAUUUGCAGCAGAGGGCUUUAAUCUGCACUCCAUCUGAGAUUCCCCUCAAUAGCUGCAACUCUGAGGUUCCUCUAAAAUGAACCUGAUUUUUUAGUUGUGAAAAUUUUACCUGGAAUAAGAUUUUGGUAGCAGUGGUGGGAGAAUUAGCGUUUGGGACAUUAUGUUUCUAUGAGAUACAUACUUACAAGGCUGAUUCCACCACUGUUUGAUAGAAUGCCAGUCCAGGCCACUCUGGUAUCAGGUGACUGGUUUAAGAGUCCAUACUUUUAUUUUCCUCUCUCUUUUACCUUUUUCUUUUUAGUUGUAAUCUCGUAUUGGAACUCUGUACUUUGCUUGGAAUUGUAAUGUCCAUUGCUCUUUUUUCCUUAUAAA